AUCGCUGUAAGUGUUUGAAUAAGACUACCAGUGUUUGUACAUUAGAUUGCAUAUCAUUUUCGCAUCCAAAGAUGAGCUACAACAGACCCGAUAAUGACAGGUAUGCAGUAUACCAACAGAAUAUCGAACAACAGCUCGCUUCUCAGGGUAGAAAAGCUGCUCACAGAAGAAUUGUCGACCAUGGAAAUAAUAUGGGAAGAUGGUAUUUACUUCGAUCCAUUGGACUCGACGCCCAGAGUAUCGGGACCAUUCGUCCCGAGUCAUCGUAUUUGAUUGAUCUCUUACCCUCACCGGCCUACUCGAACUACAACUCCAAUAAAAACAACUUAUCAGUGUUUGACACCCAGACCAAGUUUGUACAUUUAUCUUCCAAUAAAGAAAAGCAUACGAUAUCGGCAGUGAAAUGGACACCUGAAGGCCGGCGGUUAUUGGUGGCGGCCCACAGCGGAGAGUUUACUUUAUGGAAUGGGAUGACGUUCAACUUCGAAACCAUCACCCAGGCCCAUGACUCAGCUAUAUUGGCCCUUAAGUACAGUCACAACGACGAAUGGUUACUUAGUGGAGACCAAGACGGAACCGUUAAGUACUGGCAAACGAAUUUCAAUAACGUGAACAUUCUCAAUUGCCAUACCGAUGGGAUCCGAGAUAUCUCGUUUUCUCCUAAUGAUACCAAGUUUUUAACUUGUUCAGAUGACUCGACCAUGAAGAUCUGGAACUUCAACAACGGUAAAGAAGAAGCCCAUUUGACCGGUCACCACUGGGAUGUCAAGAGUAGUGACUGGCACCCGAAUCUCGGGUUGGUGGUGAGUGGUUCCAAGGACAAUUUGAUUAAAUUGUGGGAUCCUAGAUCGGGAACGUGCAUUUCAACCCUCCAUGGAUUCAAGCACACCGUCACCAAGACGCGAUUUCAACCCAAUGGAAUGCAACGGUUAUUAGCAUCGGUGUCACGAGACCGGUCCUGUAGAAUAUUUGACUUGAGGACGAUGAAGGACUUGAUUGUAUUGAGAAACCACGAAAGUGACUUGUCGUGUGUCGAAUGGCACCCAUUACACCCUUCGAUGUUUACGGUGGGUGCCUACGAUGGGUCUAUUAGUCACUACUUGUUGGACUCGUACAUUCCAGAUGAUGAUAAGGAACAAAUUAAUACGAUUUCUCCUAGUCACACGAUUCCAUACGCACACGAAAAGUCGAUUCAUGCGUUGGAGUACCAUCCGUUGGGACACUUGUUGUGUUCGGCGGGGGCUGACAGAUCUGCACGGUUUUGGUCUCGGUCUCGGCCUAACGAUCCUAUGGCGUUCCAAGAUGCCUUGUACACCAAUGAUAAAAACGGUGCCUGGUACUAUCAGGCAAACAAUAAUGUGAAUGCAGUGAUAGCUCCACCAAGCAAUGGAGUGGGGGCUGCUACAAGUGCGGCACAAGUGCCUGGAUUGCUGAGCAUUCCAGGGUUGAACUUCUCGCACUAGGAUGAUCUGGAGUAGGAAAGAACAUAGUAUGAUUAAUAUUCUACCUAAUAUUUUAGCACAGGAAAGUGACUCAAGGCUUUCAGGUCAAUCACUUGACACUAGAGCACCGCACUAUAUUCGCAUACUAUCAAAAUUCCAUAAGUCUAUACGCCUUUACUUAUUUCCUUAUAUUCCCAAUAUAUAUAGUACCGUCCAAUGUCUAUAAAACCCUUAAAGCUCAGUAGUUGCAAAUCCUGUCAUUAAUUGUGUCUUUGUUCGUCUCAAAUUCUGCGUGUCUAUAAUAGUCUGCAACCUUAUCAUAAUAAAGCCGUGCAUCGUAUUUCAGGUAGGCCGCAAAAUACUCACUCAUAACGUUUCCCACCUCACUCUUGUGAAACGUCCGUUCAUGGUAAUCAGCACCGCCGUUCUCCACCACCACGUAGCUGGCCAAAAUUUCACGGUACGACUGCAACUCUUCUUCAUCGAUGGGCUGGUACGCCCGUCUGUAGUUACCAAGUCGUUUGGUAAAGUCGUUGAUCGACUGCUGGUAUUCCUGGUUCUUGUAAUCGUCAUUCUUCGUUUUAGCAUUAAUAUUAUAGUGGAUUAGCAAUGGAUCCGUGCACUGAAUGUCGAGCACUACCAAGCUGUCCAACACCAACCCUUCGUUGGCUACUCGCUCGUGGACCAACUUCACCAAGUUGGAUCGCCGUUCGCGGGUGGUAUUGGUGGCAUCAAGAAUACCCACAUUGAUGGUUUCCAGUUCCAACUCGUCUAUCAACGAGUCCAUCGAGUUCAUGGCGAUGAUCUCUCGUUUGAAGAUGAAAAGCUUGUUGUUGGGAUCAAAGAACUCAUAAUUAUGAUAGGUAUCCGUGGUCUUGAGGGUAUCUCUUCUAACUUGUCCACAGUUGAAGACCUUGGUUUUGAGAUGUGGAUGAGAGUUGAGGUGUGUGGCAAGCAGCUGGGAAAUAGUGCUCUUGCCAGUGGCGGGCAAGCCGACAAGGAUUAUGAUGUUUUUGCUUGAAGUAUCAUUAAGGUGUGAAAAGGACGAAGCUGGUGUCAUGGCCAUCGAGGUGGCAGGAGUUCGCGUGUAGGAGGAUGUUGUCAGGGUCUGAGCAGUGGAGGUGCCGGCAGCAUCGAAGAGAGACGCCAUCGACGUCGAACUAUUAGAAGCUGAGGUCAUAUGAAUAGUUGUUUG